CACACACAUGGUUGAAUGUUCAGACUGCAGACCUUUCUAUCUUUGGAUGCACUGGCAGUUUUCAUUCAACAUAUUGCCUAUAUCGUCGUUUUUGACAGACAAACAACAUCACUUAUUCCAGCUGUUGGAAAGUAAAAGGUUUCUAAGCGUUUUCUUUUGGGACUCUUCAGCGUCCGAUCGCCGCGCAGGGGCGUUUUGUGGUUAAUUUUGGGGCACACUCAAUCGGAACAGUAUAUACGGAUAAAAAUGACUUUCGGGUACGUGGUGGUCGGUGCGGGUUUGACGGGUGUGCUCAGUUUCAGCUGUCUGACACUCGCCAUUGGAAGUGAAUAUUGGUACAUCAUUGAAGACAAACGGACAAACCACACUGACCCGCCGCACACGCACUCUGGACUUUGGGGAGUUACAGAUGAUGACCAAAGUCUUACAAAAGACCCUUCAAGAUAUUCAGAAUCUGAGAAGCAGAUGGAGAUCAUGCACAGGGUGAUUGCCAUUUUACUACCAUUGAGUCUUGUGAUGCUGGUGUUUGGAGGCAUCUGUAGCCUUGUCAGUUCUCUAGCCAGAAGUCGCACGCUGCUGAUUGCAUCUGCUUCAUAUUUCCUGCUCUGCAGUCUUCUGACUCUCUCUGGGGUGAGUCUGUACAUCAGGUAUUCUCAGACGGCUCUGGAGGAGACAGAAAGGCGAAUGGGGCGUGAACAGAUGGCUCAGGUACACACUUCUUUCGGCUGGUCUAUGGACAUGGCCUGGCUUUCUUUUCUUCUAGAGGUGAUAACUGGGCUGCUCCUACUGCUGGCUGCAAGGUUGGUGCCUGUAACCCAAUAUGAGGAUUCUGUCGCACCCAUAUAAAACAGUUUACUUGAAAUUGAAACGUGUUCAAACUAUUACAAAGAGGACAUCUCUUGCUUAAGAGUUUGAGUGUUUGUUGUGCCAAAAAAAGUAGACGAAUACAUUCCAGCAUGUAUAUAUUCAUUGCUAGAACCGGUUAAUCCAUACACAAGUUAAUUGAUACACAUGUUGGGGGAGAGAAAAUUUGACAUCCGACUGGGGACCUUCUUGCUGUGAGGGAACACAGUGCUGCCCACUGAGCCACUUUGCCACCCACAAAUGUGUAUUUACAAAGUCUUUAUAAAAUCUCACAAAUACUGUGUAAGUGGAGUGUUUAUAUAUUAAGGUUCUUCAAUUUGACUCUGCGUGGCUCAUACUCAUGAAGAGUGAAUGCUGUAACCUGUUAUUAUGAAUUCAAGUAGAUGUAACUGUAGACCGCCGCUUUCCAAAUGGGUGCAUGAACUCCAAAAGUAGAUGGUACCUUUAAAUGAAUCUGGUUUGGGGGUGAAGGAUUAGUCAAUUUUCUUUAA